AUGGCUCUUGCGAUUCGUCAACUGGACAAAUACCAAUAUACUGUGGGAUGGAUUGCUGCACUGCCGCAUGAAAGGGCUGCUGCUAAGGCAAUGCUCGACGAAACGCAUGCCUCACUACAGGAGAAGCACGGAAAAGACGACAAUUCAUACGACUUGGGGUCUAUUUCUUGCAAAAGUGGCCCACAUCAUGUGGUUAUUACCAGCCUCCCAUCAGGCCAAUAUGGGAACACUGCGGCCACGACAGCCGCGGCUCAAAUGCUCUCCAGCUUUCCAGCCAUCAAAUUUGGACUCAUGGUUGGUAUCGGUGGUGGCAUCUGGAGCGAAAACAAUGACAUCCGGCUUGGGGACGUCGUGGUUAGUAACCCGGAAGGCAGCUUUGGGGGUGUGAAGCAAUACAACUCUGGAAAAGCUACUGUUGAUGGUUUUCAAUGUUCUGGAUGGCUCAAGCCGCCACCUCGAAUCCUACUCAACGCUGUGCACAAACUCCGAAGCAAUCAUUUCCUGCAAGAGAGCACGAUACCCGACAAACUGCGAAAAAUGUACACGGAGUACCCAGGAAUGUCAAAGCCGCGAACAGGGCAAGGUUUCGUCCAUCCAGGCACCAGCAAGGACCGGCUAUUUUGCUCCGAAUACCGUCAUCAAAAAGGGGACAAAAAUUGCGAUGCGUGUGACAAGACGAUGGAAAUAGCACGCAAAGAGCGUCCAGACUGUGAUCCAUUUAUUCACUACGGCACCAUCGCCUCAGGGAACAUGGUCAUCAAGGACCCACAAACUCGAGAUCUUCUGGCACAGGAUUGUCUCUGUUUCGAAACAGAAGCUGCUGGGUUGAUGAACGACUUCCCUUGUCUCGUUAUUCGUGGCAUCUGUGACUAUUGCGACUCACACAAGAACGACGAGUGGCAGAACUAUGCAGCAGCUACGGCAGCCGCGUAUGCCAAGGAGCUUCUUCAAGUCAUAGACCCGGCAAAUGUGAAUGAAGCACCAAGAGCAAGGGAUGGACAGGAGAGAAAGGACCGGGAUGAUAUUCUCGAAUGGAUCACCCGCAUUGACUACAGUCACCAAUAUAGCGACAUCCUCAAGAGAAGAUGGGAGGGUACAGGGCAAUGGCUGCUAGACUCAACCGAGUUUGAAAAUUGGCUAGAAAGAAAAGGACAGACACUAUUCUGUUCCGGAAUUCCCGGGGCAGGCAAGACUGUCCUAUCUGCUAUUGUGGUUGAUCAUCUAUGCCGAAAGUUUGGAAAUGAUUCAAGCAUCGGCAUCGCGUGGUUGUUCUGUGAAUAUCAUCGACAUAACGAACAAACGUUAGAGCACCUCCUUUCAAGUCUUUUAAAGCAGCUACUAAAGCAACAAACUACAUUACCAAACUGUGUUACGGAGCUCUACGAGUCGCAUCAAAGGCGGACAACGCGGCCCUCGAUCGAUGACAUUGUGAAGUUACUACAGUCUUCCACGGCCACUCUUUCCAGAAUUUUUGUUAUUGUUGACGCUCUCGACGAAUGCCAAACUACAGAGGGAUGCCAAAUGGACUUCAUAUCUAAAUUAUUCACCUUCAAGGACGGAGUCAAGGCGAACAUAUUUGCAACGUCUCGGCAUAUUGACAGGAUACAGAGCAAGUUCAGUAGAUGCAUCUCGCUAGAGAUAAAAGCGACUGAUGAGGAUAUAAGAAUGUAUUUGAAAGGACAGAGGAGACGAUUUUCGCCGGAUAUGGUGAGCGACGAACUCCAGGCUCGGAUUGAAUCAAAAGUGAUCGAAGCCUCCGCAGACAUGUUUCUGCUAGCGGCCUUUCACAUGAAUAGGCUGGUGGAAUUGAAAACAAGGCAGGACAUAAUCAACUUUCUAGAAAGUAUUCAAGAGAGCGGCCUCGACGCUGCUUACAAAAAGACGAUGGAGACGAUUGAAAAUCAGGAUCAGAACAGCGUGAGCCUUGCAAAACGGAUCUUGGCCUGGACCAUUUACGCCAAAAGGGCAUUUUCGGUCGAGGAGCUUCGGCAUGUGCUCGCAGUAAGGGCAGGCACCAAACAGUUCAAUCCGGACUAUAUGCCAUGCGCCACUGACCUCUUGUCUGUCUGCGCCGGCUUAGUUACAGAUAAUAACGAAAGUGGCGUCAUUCAUUUGAUCCAUUACACAACGCUUGAGUUUUUCCGGCAGACAAGGCGAGAUUGGCUGCGAGAUAUGCAGGCUGAUCUUGCGGAAACAUGUCUUACCUAUCUGUUGUAUGACUGCUUCCGAGUCGGCACCUGCAAGGCAAAUCAAGCUUUCGAGGCCAAGUUCGAUUUCUAUACAUAUGCCGCAGGAAACUGGGCUGGCCAUGCUGGCAUUAGCAGGCCCUCGAACGCAGGUUUGGCAAGGAAAGAAAAGGUUCAACCCCUCCUUGAUAAAUUCCUGGCAACUGAUCCCUUACCGCCCAGUUUUCUCUAUUGGUUGUUCCGAUUCAAAAAAGGCAUCAUGUCCAGGAUCCCUAGCUCAGUGCCAAUAUCUGAUAUACCGAAAAUCCUAAACCUGAUCUUCUCUCCAAUCUGUUGGGUAACCGAAAUGACCGGGAGCCCAUCCAAUAGGGACCCGUUGGAGAUGAUGGACUAUUAUGGGGGGGUUACCUUCGCGCUUUUGGAGGCUUUCAUUUCAGCAUCGCUUGAAAAAGCCAGGUUAUUGUUGGCGCCUUGCCCACAUCCCGAACAUUGGCACAAUCUCUCCAGCCUAGCAUAUGAAGACCACCCUCCUCGAGACCUGGACGACAGGGCCCUCGGUUGCAGGAAGACCUUUACCUCUGAGGCCGCCAAGAGCUUGAGAGGUUGGGAGUCCACACUUUCCGCGCUGCUUCGUCGAAAGCCGUGUAAGAACGGGCUAAUUCGAUAUCUUUUCCCAAACCAAGAUCGAUAUCUUCUCCCAAACCAAGAUCGAUAUAUAAUCUCCGGGAUAGACCUGCAGUACAAAAUCUGUGGCGUUGCUCAAUGGUUGCCGUUUUUCGAGAUUCAUGACGCGCCCCGAAGAUGUCUCGAAGAGAUUGCGAAUCUGACAGUCAUUGUUCUCCUGAGAACCAAACCUUACUUUGUAGAGUGGACAAAAGAAAAGGAGAAAUUAUUCCGGCGCUUACUAUUGAAACCGGUACAUAAAUACCAAGAGUACCAGUAUAUUCCAAUGGAUUUUCCAGACCAGGACUCCGUGCUCUUAGAUUUCAUACGUCUUGGGAAAGAUGCUCUUGAUUUCUUGGUUCGCAGCGGUGUGGAUGUAAACAAAACGUUUGCGCAGCAUCCAUUAGGGACAGCAUUGGCAGCUGCAGUUGUUCACGAUCUCAAGAGCGAGGCACCGUGUGUAAAAUACCUCCUAGACCAUGGUGCAGAUUCCAAUCAGCGAACGAAUGGGAGGGAAUACGGCUCUGCUUUAGUUGCAGCAUGCGCACUCGGGAGGAUGGAUGCUCUUAAUCUUCUAUUACAACAGCCGAAUUUGGACAUCAAUAUGGCGACACAAUUCGGCUGCUAUGGAACGGCCCUUAUUGCAGCAUGUGCAAACGGUAGAACAGAUGCUCUACAUCUUCUAUUACAACAGCCGAAUUUGGACAUCAAUAUGGCGACACAAUUCGGCUGCUAUGGAACGGCCCUUAUUGCAGCUUGUUCAAAUACUACAAUGAUUUUAGAGGAAGGCGAGGCUAUGGCAACAAAUGUCAAAUACCUCCUUAAGGAAGGCGCGCAUGUCAAUCAUUCAACAACUGGAGAGGCUGGUGCCAAAUACCUCACAGCCCUUGCCGCUGCUGUAGAUAUUGGGAUCCCACGGAUGGUACAGAUCCUUCUAAAUUCUGGCGCAAUAGCCGACGAGAGGCUCAAAAAUGAUAUGCCUAGUGACUCGUGGACGGCACGCCGUCGAUGGGGUUGUUUACAAUCCCAUGUGUCCCACCCAAACACAGAACUCGAACGCACGGACAAAGAAUGGAUUGAUCAAUGCACUUUAGCAGCGCGGCAACUAAGUAUGGCAAUAAUUUACCUUCAGUUAGAAGUGGACGCAUCAUGGGCAGACGAGUAUAUACCCCAAGCUCUCUAUUAUCUUCGGGUUUUCAGCAGCGUAUACGUGGGCGAAUUUGCAGCGGCCGAAAUAACACUGCAACAAUUCGGAUUUGGCGGAAAAGAUCCUGACGGAAGAAUGCUAUUAAGCCUUCAAACUGAGCUAAGCGAGAGCUUUAAAAAAUGGGACCAGGUGGUAGCCUGUUUAAAAGAGCUGACAUUGGAGUUUGAUGAAGGCAAAAUACCUUCACGGCAGAUCGAUGACCUUGACCCUGAUUUUGAUAUGCUACCAUAUUCGGAUUAUUCAGACGAGAUAUCUUCAGCUCCUGAGGAAUGGUGA